GGCAGCGUUGGCAGCGGUGACCACCCGUCCGUCGGUGGGAUGUUCCGAGAGUUGAGUAGUUGGCUGGGCUUGAAGCAGCCCGAGGGGGCGGUGGCAAGGGGAGAGCCGCCCCAGGCAGACGAGCUGUCGGCUGGAGACCCUCGGCCCGAAUCGCGUCCGGAACCGCCAACAGAGCCCACACACGAACCGCAGCAGCUGGCGGGUGAUCCCGAGCUCCUCCACCAGGCCAAAGGCCUUGGCAACUCUUUAUCCUUUACAGAUUAUUUAUUUACCUUCGCAAGUGCUGCCACAAAGAAGAUAACUGAGUCCGUCACUGAAACAGCACAGACAAUAAAGAAAUCUGUGGAAGAAGGAAAGAUAGAUGACAUCAUUGAUAAGACAAUUAUAGGGGAGUUUCAGAAAGAACAAAAGAAAUUCGUUGAUGAACAGCACUCAAAGAAGUCAGAAGCAGCUAUGCCCCCUUGGGUGGACAGUAACGAUGAAGAAACAAUUCAACAACAAAUCUUGGCCUUAUCAGCUGACAAGAGGAAUUUCCUUCGAGACCCUCCAGCUGGUGUGCAGUUUAAUUUCGACUUUGAUCAGAUGUACCCUGUUGCCCUGGUCAUGCUCCAAGAAGACGAGCUCCUGAGCAAGAUGAGAUUCGCCCUUGUCCCCAAACUUGUGAAGGAAGAAGUAUUUUGGAGGAACUACUUUUACCGCAUCUCCCUGAUUAAGCAGUCAGCCCAGCUCACUGCACUGGCCGCCCAGCAGCAAGCCUCGGGAAAGGACGAGAAAAGCAGCAGCAGAGAGGAUGAUUUGCCUCUGACAGAGGCAGUACGGCCCAGAACACCACCUAUCGUAAUCAAAUCUCAGCUUAAAACUCAAGAGGAUGAGGAGGAAAUCUCUACGAGCCCAGGGGUUUCUGAGUUUGUUAGUGAUGCCUUCGAUGCCUGUAACUUAAAUCAGGAGGAUUUAAGGAAAGAAAUGGAACAACUUAUUCUUGACAAAAAACAAGAGGAAACACCUGUAGUAGAAGAGGAUGCCACCGAUUGGGAAAAGGAACUACAACAGGAGCUUCAGGAGUACGAAGUGGUGGCCGAGGCUGAGAAGCGGGAUGAGAACUGGGACAAAGAGAUCGAGAAGAUGCUCCAGGAAGAGAAUUAGCUGUUACCUGAAAUCAAAGAAUAAUCCUUAACAUUCUACAAACUGACAUUAAAUUCUGAUGUUCACUGAAUCAAAAGGCAAAAAGUGUCACUUUAUGCAAGUCAAAAUGAUUCCUUUUCGAGCUAAAAUUUGCCUCUUUAAAAAAAAGUACAUAGAACAGCUAGUCUAAUGAUCAAAAGAGGAUGUUGUAUGUAAUGUUUCUUUCAUAUAAAUCAAAUUAGAAAGGUUCUUAUAGACUGUAGAGAUAUCUUUGCCAUGGAAACACAGGUAAAAUAUUAGAGUUAUGUUUGCCACAAGGUCAGCAGUAUAACUUAUUCUUUAGUCAUGGUUUUCUAAGCAUAUGUAUCCUCAUUGCCUUUUUGUUGAUACAUAAAGUACUUAAUAGCUUAAUUAGUAUCAGAAUGACCAAAUUAUACCAAAGAACUCAAGAGGAAGCACUUUCAGAACUAUUUUCUUGCCAGAUAUUUUCUAAAAUUCUAUCUGAAAGCCAAAAGAUAAGAUAACUAAGUUCGUUUGAAUGAUCUAAACAUCCAGUUUGACAUUAAGACAUACUAUGCAGGGCUGAGGCUAUAGUUCAGUAGCAGCGCACUUAUCAUACACAGGCCCUGGGUUCCAUCUCUAGUA